AAUCGACAUGAUUUCAAUUUAAUCAGCUGCGUUUCUUCUCUCCGCACCUGCAUUACGAAUACGGAAAGAAACACGCGUGUAUUUGCGUGCAAAUAUUUGCUUGAGCCGUACCCACGACGCAUGCCCAAAUGAGGAAACUGCGGAAAAAGUAGUUCAACUUUUCUGGCGAACGACGCUUGUUCCCUCAUUCCAGACCAGGACCACGAGAGAGCAAAUCAUGAGAUUAACAGGCCCCGUGCGCGUCGUGGCUGUGCUCCUCUUGGUGGGACUCACGUGGCUCCUUGCAAGCACGUUCUUCGGAGGGGACAGUGCUUCAUUCGUGCGCCAUUUCCUCAAUAGUGCAAGCCAGGAACCAACAGCAGCUGACAUUCGGCCCCGCAGGUAUAAAUGCGGCCUUUCUGCGGCGUGCCCGCCCAAACAUCUGGCUUUCCGCCUGGUGUCGGGAGCUGCUAACGUCAUCGGGCCCAAAAUCUGUCUGGAGGACAAGAUGUUAUUAAGCAGCGUGAAAAACAACAUUGGCAGAGGAUUAAACAUCGCUUUGGUGAACGGGGUGACCGGUGAACCUUUGGAAACCAAGACCUUUGACAUGUGGGCGGGAGAUGUUUCGGACCUAAUGAAAUAUCUGCGGCCGCUCCACGAGGGAACACUGGUGUUUGUGGCCUCUUUUGAUGAUCCCGCUACAAAGUUGAAUGCAGAGUCUCGGCGUAUGUUUGAGGAGCUCGGGAGCACCGCCGUCAAAGAAUUGGCUUUUCGGGACAGCUGGGUGUUUGUUGGCGCCAAGGGCAUCGACAACAAGAGUCCAUUUGAGCAGCGCAUGAAGAACAGCAAGAGCAACAACAAAUACGAAGGGUGGCCUGAGUCACUGGAGAUGGACGGCUGCAUUCCCUUACGGCCGGCCGUGUCAGUUUAAUUCGCUUCUUUGCAGGGAGCGUUUCCAUGACAGCCGACUGAUUCUGAUGCACACAUCUUGGACAUGUAACAAUGGAGCCGGAGUCGGUUUUCCUUUGAAAGAAAGUGAUCGUUUCUCGUCUCCCUGCCAAAAAGGCGCCCCAUGAAGUUGCACCAUGUCCUGAAGUUCUCCAAACGCUUUUUAGCGUUCUCACGAAGGGUAACGUUUUGCCUGAAGUUAAAAUGUAAACGCUGUAUUCCAUAUUCAAGUCGAAGUAGCUCUUUUUAAUGCUGUGACACAUAUUUCUGUGAAAUUGUACGCAAAAUAGUAGGAGCCGUUUUAUACCUUCAAACCUGAUGCACAAACCUACGGUGUCGCUUGACUUGUUUAGUUUGCCAACUUGUUUCACUUUCUUAAAAUUAUUUAUUGAAAUGCCAAACACAGAAGCUUACUGAAAACAUCUAGACUGCUCAGUAGUUUCAUAAUAUCCAAUGCUGGUUGAUAUUUGUCCACUGAGUGCUUUGUUGCUUUAUGUUUGCAAAUGUGUUUUUUCCCUGAAUGUUUGACAUGUUGGAACUAUUUAAAGACAUAGCAAUACAUUUAGGAAUUGUUUUCUGUUGCUUUUGACUGGUAAUAAUUUUACACAAAGCUUUGUGUGCGUGGCAAAGGGUACUAUUAAAUCAUUUUAUGAUA